CUGGGCCUCCAGGGCAUGGCCCCUAGGCCAUCUCCCAGUCGCAAGAAGGGACCAGCCCAGUCCAACCCACUGGAGAAGUUCAUAAGUGAGAGCGGACUGGAGACUUCUGGGGCUCUGAUGAGAGUCUCCCCACACACACAGCCCCCUGCAAGCAAUCCUGGGACGCUCCAAGUGCUUGGCCACUCAGACCAGAAAGAUUUCUUGCGCUCCAACCAAAGCCUUCAUCACAUUUUUCCUGGUUUGGGAGCCCUGAUGGCUGAAGGGGAGCACCUGGGAGUCUCCACCACCCCACCACCCACCCCCAGCGAGAAAACCCUAAAGAAACAGUGGUUAGAAGUACUGAGCACCUACCAAUAUGUGCUCUGUUUCUGCUUCCUGGGCCUUUUCUUUUCCCUUGCUGGCUUCCUCCUCCUCUUCACCUCGCUCUGGUAUCUCUCUCUUCUCUACUUGGUAUGGUUAUUCCUGGACUGGGACACACCCCAGCAAGGUGGAAGGCGUUAUCAGUGGUUGAAGAACUGGAGUGCUUGGAAACACCUGAGCGAUUAUUUCCCCCUUAAGCUGGUGAAGACAGCAGAGCUGCCCCCAGACAGGAACUACGUUCUAGGAUCCCACCCACAUGGGGUCAUAGCCGUCGGAUCCGUCUGUAACUUUGCCACGGAGGGCACUGGCCUCUCGCAGCUCUUCCCAGGGCUUCGAUUCUCAAUGGCCGUGUUGAAUUGUCUCUUGUACCUGCCAGGCCAUCGAGAGUACUUUCUGUCCUGUGGAGCCUGUUCUGUGAACCGUCAGAGCCUGGAUUAUGUUCUGUCUCAAUCUCAGCUGGGCAGGGCUGUGGUCAUCGUUGUCGGAGGGGCCAAUGAGGCCCUGUAUGCCGUCCCGGGGGAGCACUGCCUCACUCUCCGGAAUCGGAAAGGCUUCGUCCGCCUGGCACUGAGGCACGGCGCCUCCCUGGUGCCCGUGUACUCCUUUGGGGAGAAUGACAUCUUCAGAGUUAAGGCUUUUGCCCCAGACUCCUGGCAGCAUCUGCUCCAAGUCACCAUCAAGAAGCUCCUGAGCUGCAGUCCUUGUAUCUUCUGGGGCCGUGGUCUCUUCUCAGCCAAGUCCUGGGGCCUGCUGCCCCUCGCCAGACCCAUCACCACUGUGGUGGGCCGCCCCAUCCUGGUGCCCCAGUGCCCGCAGCCCACCGAGGAGCAGGUGGACCACUAUCACAGGCUCUACAUGAAGGCUCUGGAGCAACUGUUUGAGGAGCACAAGGAGAGCUGCGGCCUCCCGGCUUCUACUCGCCUCACCUUCAUCUAGCCCUGGCCUCACCCCUCGCCACCUCACAGCCUGGCCCCCGCCCCCAGCCC